AUGGCGAGGGCACUGCUGAUGCGGCCGAGCAUGGCGGCUUUUGGACUGUGGGGCAGCCGCGCCCUCGCAUCUCUUCAAGGAACGACGACGUUGCGUGGGAGCUACCGUCUUUCGAGCUCUCGCUCGUUGCUUCUUCUCCGCGCAGCAGUGGCGGAGGCUUCUCCAAUCGUGAAUUGUCGUCGGAAUUUUUGCAUCCGAGCAACGAAUGAGUUUGAUAGUUCUGCCUCUGUGGAAUCUUCCUUGAUUCAAUCCAUGGAGAAUAAGAUAAAGGAACAUCUAGAGGCAGAAUCUGUGAUUGUGAAGGAUGCUUAUGGUGAUGGUCGGCAUGUCAGCAUAGAUGUUAUAUCUUCAAGUUUUGAGGGAAAAUCUGCUGUCAAUAGGCAGAGGAUGGUGUACAAGGCCAUAUGGGAAGAGCUCCAGAACACGGUGCAUGCAGUUGACCAGAUGACUACGAGGACUCCUGCCGAAGCAUCGUCAUCAUGA